AUGUAUAGCAUGAUGAUGGAAACUGACCUCCAUUCCCCCGGCCCCCAAACGAACACGACCACGGGGCAAACGGGGCCGAAUAGCGGGUCCAAAGCGAACCAGGAGCGGGUGAAGAGACCGAUGAACGCGUUCAUGGUGUGGUCCCGUGGGCAGCGGAGGAAGAUGGCACAGGAGAACCCCAAGAUGCACAACUCUGAGAUCAGCAAGCGGCUGGGGGCCGAGUGGAAGGUAAUGUCCGAGGCUGAGAAGCGUCCUUUCAUCGACGAGGCGAAGCGUUUGCGAGCCAUGCACAUGAAGGAGCAUCCGGAUUACAAGUACCGGCCAAGACGGAAGACCAAGACGCUGCUGAAAAAGGACAAAUAUUCCCUCGCAGGUGGACUGCUUUCCGGGCCCAGUGGGGGUGGUGGAGUUGGUUUAGGGCACGGCAUGGGAUCCUCGGGGAUCGGACAGAGGUUGGAGAGCCCCGGGGGUCACGGAGGCUCGGGCGGCUCCGGCUACGCGCACAUGAACGGCUGGGCGAACGGCGCGUACUCGGGGCAGGUGGCUGCAGCGGCCGCGGCCGCCGCGAUGAUGCAGGAGGCGCAGCUCGCCUACAGCCAGCACCCGGGGAGCGGAGCCCACCACCACCACCACUCGCACCACCACCACGCACACAACCCGCAGCCCAUGCACCGCUACGACAUGUCAGCGCUGCAGUACAGCCCCAUCUCGAACUCUCAGAGCUACAUGAACGCUUCACCCUCCGGCUACGGCGGGAUCACCUACACACAGCACCAGGGCUCCGGCGUCUCCUCCUCCACUGCCAUGGGGACGUUAGGGUCGCUGGUGAAAUCGGAGCCGAGUGUAAGCCCUCCCGUCAGCAGCACACACUCACGGGGUCCUUGCCCCGGAGACUUGAGAGAGAUGAUAAGCAUGUAUUUACCGACCGGAGAGCCGGGGGACCCGUCAAUGCAAAGUAGACUCCAUGCCUUGCCGCAGCAUUACCAGAGCGCCACGGCUGGAGUGAACGGGACGGUCCCUCUAACACAUAUUUAG